AUGGCAAAGUCAAUGAAUCUGCUGUGGGGGGCUGGAUCCCCCCCCUGCUGGCGUGUUAUGAUCACCCUGGAGGAGAAGAAGCUGCAGGGCUACAAACACAAGCUGUUAUCCUUUGAGAAAGACGAGCAUAAAACUAAAGAAGUGCUGGGAAUUAACCCAAGAGGACAGCUUCCAGCCUUCAAACAUGGGGACGUCGUCGUGAACGAGUCCGUCGCAGCUUGUUUGUACCUCGAGAACCAGUUCAGGUCUCAAGGCAACAAACUGAUCCCUGACAGUCCUGCAGAGCGAGCCGUGAUGUACCAACGCAUGAUGGAGGCUCUCACCCUCACUGAUAAACUCAACGCUGUCAUUUACAGCGACUGGUUUGUCCCUGAAGAGGAGCGCCAUGACACCACCGUGAGGAGAAACAAGGAGACUCUGACCAUUGAGCUCAAACUCUGGGAGAGCUACCUACACAAUGUGGCUGCAGGCUCCUACCUGGUGGGGGCCUUCUCCUUAGCUGAUGUGGUCGCCUUUCCAAACGUCGCCUACGCCUUUCGUUUCGGGUUGUCUGCAGGACAGUACCCCAAACUGGCCAAAUACUACAGGCUGCUGAAGGACAGAGCCAGCAUUAAAAGCAGCUGGCCCCCACACUGGCUGCCCAGCCCACAGGGCUACGACAUCCUGAAGGAACUCUGAGAAAAUGCUUCAUUGUAGACUUGUUCAACUGUAAAUGUAAUUCAAGGUUGUUUUAUUUUACACAG